GUUCUCCACCAAAGCCGCAAUGUCGUAAAUGACAGAAUGGGAAGAAAAAACAACAGAAGGGAAGUGCUGCGCUUGAGGAAGCCACGACGAUUUUAAUAUUUCAUAACACAGGAAUUUAUGAUGUUUAGUAAUGUCGGGAAACGAGUCGCUCAUGUUAUAUGCCUUUACGGAGGCUGUAAAGCAAUCCAACGCACGUGCUCAUGGUGAUGCGCGUACGCAUGCGCGCGCGCCGUACGAGCGCGCGCGUUCAGAAGUUUAGUGCCCUCCCGGAAGUAGGAACUCGCUGGUUUGAGACGCGUCCCGGGGCUUCCUCUGCGCUGCGCUGCUGCUGCUUAAUAACAAACAGUGUGAAAGUCAUCAGCAGUUUUACUCCAAACGCCAUCACCAUGAGAGAGCUACACUUCAAGGACAACUUCUGGAACGGUGAGCUGACCAGCACAGCGGGCUACGACGCCAUCCUCCAGCACCUCAAUGAUGGCAAGAGGACGUGCAAAGAGAUCGAAGACUUCAUGAAAGCCAGAGCUGUAAUCGAGGAGAAAUACGCCAAGGAGCUGCUGGGAUUGUCCAAGAAAGUGUGCGGCCAGAAUGAAAUGAACACACUGAAGCGAUCUCUUGAUGUUUUCAAACUGCAGACUGAACAAGUGAGUAUGUCUCACAUGCACCUGGCCCAGGCCAUGAGGGAUGAAGCCAAAAAGUUAGAGGAGUUUAGAGAAAAACAGAAAGAUGCAAGAAAGAAGAUGGAGCAACAGAUGGAUGUGUUACACAAACAGAAAGCGGCACAGUACAAGAAAACCAUGGAGACUAAGAAGACGUACGAGCAGAAGUGCCGUGAUAAAGAAGACGCAGAGCAGACAAUGAACCGAAACGCUACCACUAGCAACGCCAAACAGCAGGAGAAGCUCUAUGCCAAAGCACAGCAAGCCAGGCAGUCAGCAGAGGAAGCAGAUAGAAUUUAUAACCAGAACGUGCUUUCUUUGGGGAAGACGCGGGAGGAGUGGCUGAAUGAGCAUGUUAAAGCAUGUGAGAUGUUCGAGAAACAAGAAGUGGAGCGGAUCAGCGUGUUACGGAACAUCGUGUGGACUCACCUGAACCAGCUCUCACAGCAGUGUGUGACCAGCGACGAGCUCUAUGAGGAAGUGAGGAGGUCUCUGGAGCAGUGUGACAUUCAAGAGGACUUAGAGCAUUUCAUCAACCUGAGGAGGACCGGAGACAAACCUCCAGCUCCUGUAGUAUAUGAGAAUUUCUACACCAAUCAGAGAUCACUGCCAAACAGACAGCCGCCUUCCGUCACCAGGAGAGGAGCCGCUCCUUUACCGCCGAGCACAGGAGAGGAUGUGGUGUAUUCGACUAUAGACGCUUCAGGAUACAGUGUAAUUCGAUACUAACAUUGCACAAGAGAAUCCUUUCCGCUGCAUCAAUGGUAACUCUUCCAUGUCGUGUUCAGGAGGCGUGACUUACAGUAGAACUCACCUGAAACAUACAAGAAGAAGAAAAGACUAGGAACACCUUAUUGUAUUUCACCACACUGAUACAGCCGUUGUGUAACUUAUUUCCUUUUUAAAUAAUAUAAAUAAUAUAAUAUAUAAUUAUCUGAAUAUCAAAAUCAUGUAAUGAUAGAGCAAUAAAACCUUCAUGUUUUUGUUUUUUCAGUAGAUGUUAUGAAGCACUGUACUGUAAAUAUACACUGGAUUUUACUCUUAGUGGGCGUGUCCUGGUUUGCGAGUUCUGUCUUGAUAGCAGAUUAUUCCGAGAGUGUCAUGAGUUGUCUUUCUUAUUUAUUUUUUAUUGCGUAUUUAAAGUUGUCUCUCUCUCUCUCUUUUUUUUUUUUUUUUAGUUUUUUUAAAUGGUCAAUGGUCAAAUGGGCGAUGUCAUGUACUGUACAAACCACCGAAGAAACAUUACUGAGGACAUUUGGUAUCUUAAUAAUAUUAACAAUGCCAAAGUGUUACACAAAAAAAGUUCAUAUCAGGUUUCUGUUUUUUCUGUUUACAGACAGAACGUAGCGCUAACGUUUGUGCCGAUUUAAUGACUGCUGUGCUGUAAAGCUGCCCUGUACUGCCUGCUUUAAUAAACUCUGAUUGUCCCCAUGAUGUAGCCUAAGAUCUCUCCUGGUGGGAAAGCUAAUGUAAUAAAUACGCAAAUAUAAAUAA